AUGCAGAGAGGGGUCGGUAGAGGACUCGCCGCCACCAAGCCAGCCUGGAUGACAAGCGGGUCUGUUGCGCCAUCGUUGGGAGGGCUCAAUGGGCGAGGCGGACCGGCGAGCAGCAGCCAUGGCAAUGGCAGCCGACAGCAGCAGCAGUCAAGAAGCAGAAGCAGGAGCAGGAUCGGACGGCGGAGCGGAGGCGGCGGGGGCCGCGAGCGGUCACGACGCCGCUCCGACUCACGCGACCGGAGGUCUAGGUCUAGAUCGAGGCAUAGGUCGGACGAUAGGCGGAACGGGGGUGGCAGGGACACCGCCGCGAGGAGCGGAGGCCGGAGCAACGCCAACGAUGUAGCGAGCAGGGCGGUGCAGCAAGCCUUCGCGGGCGGCGGCGGCGGCAAUGUUCCGGCGGCGGGACGGGGACGGGGGCGCGGAUCAACCAUUCCUGCUUGGAUGACGCACCCGGGCGGGCCGGGGGGGUUGCAGGAGAGCGACAGGGGGGACCGCGGAGAUGGCAGGCCUUCGAAGGACAAGAGCCCCCCAAGGUUUGCGAGAAGCGCAGGCCCGUUGCCUCCAGAGCCAACCAUGGCCAACGGGGGGAUCACGGGGGGGCGGGGCGGAGGCGGUCGGGGGUGGAGCAGGAGCGGCGGGGGGCACUACGGCAGCGGGGGCGGGGGCGGCGGCAGAGGGGGCGGCAGAGGGCCGGAGAAGCUUCCCGAAGUUUUCUCGGUCCACAAGGGGGAGGUCGUCAAGACGGAGACAUUCGGAGCAUUCAUCAAACUCGACGGCUACCGCAAGCAUGGGCUGGUGCACUGCAGCCAGAUGGCUUCGUACAGAGUGGAAGAUGUCACGGACGUCUGCAAAGUGGGCGACACUGUGUACGCGAAGGUGAUCGAGGUGACGGACGGGGCCGACCCCCGAGAACAGCGCAUCGCGCUCUCCAUGAAGCUGGUCAACCAGGCCGACGGCAAGGAUCUCGACCCUUCCAACGCCGAGGCUGAGACGGACGCGCAGCGCAAAAGACCCGCGGGUGGGGGCGAUAGGGCCCCGGUGCAGCUGGAAGCGGUCUUCAACACCACGUGCACAAAGUGCGGAGUCCACGGGCACUUAUCGAUCGAUUGCUUCUCCAGGGGGGGCAAGAAGUACGAGCUUGUGGACGAAGAAGACCCCAGAGACAACGGUCGAGGAGGAGCUGGAGGGGGGACUGGCAAUGGCAUGCGGGGGGUACACCGUGAGCCCCCCCAUGGAGGCGGUGCGCUGGCAGGUGGGAGGGGACGCGGGGCUACCAUGCCCGCGUGGAUGAACGACCUCGGUCUGGUGGACAAGCUCAACAAGAAGAGCCAUCGCAAGGAAAAGAAGUCGAAGAAGAAGAAGAAGAGCGACCACCGCCGUGGCGACAGCGAUUCCGACAGCAGCGACGACGACGAUGACGACGACCACAGGAAGAAGCACAAGAAGAGCGGCCACAAGCACAAGAAGAGCGACCACAAGCACAAGAAGAGCGGCCACAAGCACAAGAAGUCCAAGCACUCGAGCGGCAACAGGGACGGUCGCCGCGGGUACUCGGACAGCGGCAGCGAUGAUAGUGGUGGCGGCGGCGGUGGCGGUGAUCGGGGUCGGGUUUCCUCGAACGGAAUGGGCGGGGGGACGCGCGGGAGCUGGCGCGACGAAAACGGAAGCAUGCGAAGGCAAAGCAGGAGCAGCGACAACAACGGUCGCGGUGGCGGUGGGAGGAGAGGGCGGAGCCGCAGCAGACAGAGAGGGGAAGGCGGCGGGUGGGGUGGAAGGAGAGGACGUAGCGACAGCAGGCGCGGAGGCGGCGGGCGUUACAGGGCGGACGAUCGGGGACGUUUCGAUGAUGCCCCUCUCAGGGAGGCGGCGGGGGUAGGAGAUGGGGGCCGCUGGAAACCGCGAGGGGAUUCUGACCGUAGCCACUCGCGGUGA